GAGUGUUGUCUACUUUAUUGCAAUAUUAUAUUGUUUAUUAUACAGCGAAAACCCAAUUGAGUAGGUUUAUCGUUUUUGUCUCACUGAAUAAUUAUAUAAUAUAUAAAAUUUAUAUAUAUAUAUGUUGUAUUGCUUAGCACGGGGGUCUGAUGGGGAGAGCAGUGGCGAGGUGGGACCACAGACAGCAGAGGCGGUGAUCGAUAUUUUGUGGGUUUUCCAGGAAAUGGGAAUUUGAGAGUCUGGUUGGCACGGUCGGGAAUUUCGUUUCCAAGCUAUAUUUCACUCGGAUUUUGUGCUAUUCAAAUAUGGUUGAAGCUGAAGAGUACUGGGUCUGAGUUAAAGGGGGUUCUUUCCUUUCCUUCAUUUGUUUCUGCUUCCAACUUUUUCUUGACCAGUUUAUUUUCCAGCUUCGUUGAAGAUGUCUUCGUCAAGACCGAGCCACUCGUCCAGCAAUUCAGGGCGAUCUAAACACAGUGCUAGAAUAGUUGCUCAAACAACUGUUGAUGCAAAGCUCCAUGCUGAGUUUGAGGAGUCAGGUAGUUCCUUUGACUACACGAGUUCAGUACGUGUUAGCAACUCAGUUUCUGCGGAUCUACAACCAAGGUCUGACAAAGUAACCACCGCUUAUCUUCACCACAUACAAAAAGGCAAGCUGAUCCAGCCAUUUGGGUGCUUGCUGGCCUUGGAUGAGAAAACUUUGAAGGUCAUUGCAUACAGUGAGAAUUCACCUGAAAUGCUGACCAUGAUCAGUCAUGCGGUCCCAAGCGUUGGAGAUCACCCUGUUCUAGGCAUUGGAACAGAUAUGAGGACCAUUUUUACUGCUCCCAGUGCCUCUGCAUUGCAAAAGGCCCUGGGAUUUGGAGAUGUUUCUCUAUUAAAUCCCAUAUUAGUUCAUUGCAAGACCUCUGGAAAGCCCUUUUAUGCAAUUGUUCACCGGGUAACUGGUAGCUUGAUCAUUGACUUUGAGCCAGUGAAGCCUUAUGAAGUCCCCAUGACUGCUGCCGGGGCCCUGCAAUCAUACAAACUAGCAGCGAAAGCAAUUACUAGAUUGCAGGCUCUGCCUAGUGGGAGCAUGGAAAGGCUUUGUGACACUAUGGUCCAAGAGGUCUUUGAACUCACGGGGUAUGACAGGGUGAUGGCCUAUAAAUUUCAUGAUGAUGAUCACGGGGAGGUGGUGUCUGAGACUGCAAAGCCUGGUCUGGAACCAUAUUUGGGUUUGCAUUACCCAGCUACUGAUAUUCCUCAAGCUGCAAGAUUUUUAUUUAUGAAAAAUAAGGUUCGUAUGAUUGUUGAUUGUUGUGCAAAACAUGUUAAGGUGUUUCAGGACGAGAAGCUUCCAUUUGAUCUAACCUUGUGCGGUUCAACUUUAAGGGCUCCUCACAGCUGCCAUUUACAAUACAUGGAGAACAUGAAUUCCAUUGCUUCUCUGGUUAUGGCUGUAGUAGUCAAUGAUGGAGACGAUGAGGGUGACAGCCCUGAAUCUGUGCAGCCACAAAAGAGAAAGAGACUCUGGGGUUUAGUUGUGUGCCACAACACAACUCCAAGAUUUGUUCCUUUCCCUCUGAGGUAUGCCUGUGAGUUCUUGGUUCAAGUAUUUGCCAUCCAUGUGAAUAAGGAGUUAGAACUAGAAAAUCAGAUCGUUGAGAAGAACAUUCUGAGGACCCAAACACUAUUGUGUGAUAUGCUGAUGCGUGAUGCACCAUUGGGUAUUGUGUCACAAAACCCAAGUAUAAUGGACCUAGUGAAAUGUGACGGGGCUGCUCUCUUGUACAAAAACAAGAUAUGGAGGCUAGGAAUCACUCCAAGUGAUUCCCAGAUUCUUGACAUAGUAUCGUGGCUCUCUGAGUACCAUAUGGAUUCCACUGGUUUGAGUACAGACAGCUUAUGUGAUGCAGGCUAUCCUGGGGCUCUCUCUCUAGGGGAUAUAGUAUGUGGAAUGGCAGCUGUGAGGAUAACAUCCAAGGACAUGAUUUUCUGGUUUCGGUCCCACACUGCUGCAGAAGUCAGAUGGGGUGGUGCGAAACAUGACCCAGGUGAGAAGGAUGAUGCAAGGAAGAUGCACCCAAGAUCUUCGUUCAAGGCUUUUCUUGAGGUUGUCAGGACAAGGAGCUUUCCUUGGAAGGAUUACGAAAUGGAUGCAAUCCAUUCUUUGCAGCUUAUACUGAGGAAUGCAUUCAAAGAUAUGGACACUUUGGAUUCAAACACUGUGACUGUCAAUACAAAGCUCUCUGACUUAAAAAUUGAAGGGAUGCAAGAACUUGAAGCUGUGACAAGUGAGAUGGUCCGUUUGAUUGAAACAGCCACAGUGCCAAUUUUGGCGGUGGAUGUUGAUGGGCUGGUUAAUGGGUGGAACACAAAAAUUUCUGACUUGACUGGUCUUCCAGUUGAGAAAGCAAUUGGGAAGCAUUUACUGACUCUUGUGGAGGAUUCAUCAACUGACGUUGUCAAAUCAAUGUUAGACUUGGCAUUGGAAGGCAAAGAGGAAAGGAACAUUCAAUUUGAGAUCAAAACUUAUGGUUCUAGGAAUGACUCUGGUCCCAUCAGCUUGGUAGUGAAUGCUUGUGCGAGUAGGGACCUUCAUGGAAAUGUUGUUGGGGUGUGUUUUGUGGCCCAAGAUCUUACUGCUCAGAAGACUAUUUUGGACAAGUUCACUCGAAUCGAAGGUGAUUACAAAGCAAUUGUACAAAACCGGAACCCAUUGAUACCCCCAAUUUUCGGCAGUGAUGAAUUUGGCUGGUGUUCCGAGUGGAAUCCAGCAAUGACGAAGAUAACUGGUUGGAAACGGGAAGAGGUCAUUGAUAAAAUGCUUAUGGGAGAGGUUUUUGGGAUAAACAUGGCAUGCUGCCGUCUCAAAAAUCAGGAGGCCUUCAUAAAUCUUGGUGUCGUGCUGAAUAAUGCCAUGACAGGUCAGGAAUCUGAAAAGAUUCCUUUUGGGUUUUUGGCGCGGAAUGGAAAAUAUGUAGAGUGCCUGCUUUGUGUAAGUAAGAAAUUGGACAGGGAGGGUUCAGUCACUGGGGUCUUUUGCUUCUUGCAGCUUGCUAGCCUAGAACUGCAGCAAGCACUUCAUGUCCAGCGCUUAAUGGAGCAAACUGCUGUGAAGAGAUUGAAAGCAUUAGCAUAUAUGAAGAGACAGAUCCGCAAUCCGUUGGCUGGAAUAAUAUUUUCAAGAAAAAUGAUGGAAGAUACUGAGUUGGGAGGUGAACAGAAACAGCUUCUGCAUACUAGUGCCCAGUGCCAGCGGCAGCUUAGCAAGAUUCUUGAUGACUCUGAUCUUGAUAGCAUCAUAGACGGCUAUUCCGAUCUGGAAAUGGCUGAGUUUACUCUGGGUGACGUAUUGGUUGCUUCUAUGAGCCAAGUCAUGAUGAAAAGCAAAGCGAAGGGAAUCAACAUAGAACAAAAUGCAGCAGAAGAGACCAUGAAUGAUACCUUAUAUGGUGACAGUCUCAGGCUCCAACAAGUCAUAUCUGACUUCUUACUAAUAGCAAUUAACUUUACACCAAGUGGAGGUCAGAUUGUUAUAGUUUCCAACCUGACCAAAGAUCAGCUAGGAGAGUCUGUUCAUCUUGUGCGGCUAGACUUGAGAUUGAUUCAUACAGGUGUGGGGAUACCGGAAGCGUUACUGAACCAGAUGUUUGGAAACGAAGGUGAUGUAUCUGAGGAGGGCAUCAGCCUGCUAAUCAGUAGGAAACUGGUGAAGCUGAUGAAUGGAGAUGUGCAGUAUCUGAAAGAAGCUGGCAAGUCGACUUUCAUCAUAUCUGUUGAGCUUGCUGCAGCUCACAAGGCAAACGCUUCUAAAUGAAGUUGGGAGAGAGUGUGUGUGAGAGAGAGAGAGGAGAGAAAAAAAAAAGGAUUCUAACGUUCUACUCUGGCAAAUGGCAAUGGCGUGUUAUUUAUAGUUUAUAAUGAAUGUAUUCAUGACACAAGCAAUAUAGCUUUUAACAUGUAAAUAUGUAUGUUUUUCACGAUUUUAUGUUCUUCCCUUUUUCAAAGCCAAGUUUUGUUGGUGUCUUUAAUAAACAAAAUUUUGUGAAGAAAAUGAUCACUGCUUUUUCUCUUUU